AUGGAGGUACUCCAAAAAUUCGAGAACCGUUGCGAAAAAGUAUUGUGGAAGUUUCGGGAGAUCAAAGCGGCUCUCAGGUCUUCGGAUGUGCUUGAAGAGCGGGAAAUUAUCAACAAUCGCUUGCAUAAAGUUGCAAGUGGACUCCAGUCGGAGCUUUUUCCAAGAAUGGCGACGUAUCGAACGCGAGCGGCACAAGUGGGCGGAGCUGGCGGACGUGUUUACCCGCGACUCCACACCACUGGAAACUUUGCCACGCUUUACCACGGUACUUUCGAAUUGUGGACUUUCGAGGAUCGCGUGUUUUCUAAGAAGUCCUUUUUGAGCUAG